AUGCAAGGUACUAACUGGGGACUUCGUCCUCAUAUUCAAAAGAUUUUAUAUUUAACAGUAAUUUCAAGUAUAGUGAAUUAUGGGGCUGCAAUCUGGGCGGAGACUAUCACAGAAAAGAAGAAAAGGAAACUUUUCGCCGUUCAGAGACCUUUUCUCCUGAGCAUUUGCAAAGCCUAUAGAACGAUAGCUAAUUCCUUUCUAUGCGUUCUUACUGGGAUUCCUGACCUUCAUUUAAUUCCGACGAAGGAUUCAAUAAAAGCCAGAGUACUCCAGUUGAAAGAAGAUGCUUACCUGAACGGCACCACCAUUUUUGCCUCAAAUUAUGAGUCUCCAGCCAUACCAUUGACCUACCAUCAUGCAAAGUAUUGUAAUUUAAUUAUCAAUACGGACGCUUCAGCAAUCAGUAGUAAAGAAUGUCCAAGAGCAUUUACAGACGGUUCUAAAAUUCAUGGAGAAGUGGGCGCAGAAUCAAUAAUCUAUUCUUCUUCCUCUAUUCCAACAGUAUGGCAAGGAAAAUUAUCUCCAGAAAAUUCCGUUUAUCAAGCUGAGCUGUCAGCUAUUCAAUCUGCAGUAAAUAAAGCUAUAUCAAAUAAUUUCAGGACAAUAGCUAUCUAUUCCGGCAGUCAAUCUGCAUUAUAUGCCCUGAAGGACAGAAACAAUAAGAACCAACUGGUUCAGGAUAUUCAAAAUACUGUAAGUGCCCAUCCAGAAAUCCAGUUUAUCCUCAAUUGGGUGAAAGCCCCCAACGGAAACGACGGCAACGAGGCAGCUGACUUCCUUGCAAAGGAUGCAACUACUAACAUCAAAAGUGAGGUAAUUCAUGUCCCGUGGCCCAAGUCCCAUUUAAAAUAUACACUUAAUGCAAUUGUCGACUCAAAGUGGCAAGAAGAGUGGGAUUCUUCAUUGCAAGGCAGAAGAGUCCACGAUUUUUUUCUCAAAAAAGAUCUGACAAAGAGGCACUACACUAUGAACAUCUUCUGA